AUGACUAAACACACCUACAUGGAGGACAGAAAGAUGGCGGAACCGAUCGGCAGCAUCCUGGUGGACGAAACGGAGAAGCUCGUAGAUACAUACCGCUUCGACAGCUCCUUAAGCGAAGGCCCCAAGAAGUCAAAGUCAAGUCAGAAGAAAGAUGGGAAGCAUGGAAUGGCUUUCCACAAAUCGCUAGCUGUAGUCAACGUAGCCGCAGGGUUGGAUGGAUGUGAUGACCAGUUACUACCUGCAAGUUUCAGAGCUUUGGAAGCAGAUUUGAAUUUACACCCAUCCUUAUUAGGGUAUAUCACCCUGGCGCAAACAUUAAUGUUAAGUCUGUUCAGCCCCAUAUGGGGAUUCCUCUCCGAUAAGUAUUCUCGAAAGUGGAUGCUCGUGUUUGGUACAGCCCUCUGGGGAGUUGCAACGAUAUUGCUAGCCAACAUAAAUGACUUCGCACAUAUUAUAUUUUUUAGAGCAAUAAAUGGAUUAGCCUUAGGUAGUAUAGGACCCAUCUCACAGAGUAUACUUGCCGAUGCAGCGAAGAAUGAAUCGCUUGGAUUGUCAUUCGGAUUGGUGCAACUAUCUUCCAGUGUGGGUAGAUUAAUCGGAGGGGUGGUAACCACCACAGUGGCGUUAAAAUAUUUUGGAGGAAUUAGAGGAUGGAGAUUGUGCUUCAUCAUUGUAGGUAUUUUGAGUAUUUUGCUAAGUAUUGUAGUAGCCCUUUUUGUAGACGACGCUCCAAGACAGGUUCGGAAAAAGAAGAAGAUGGAGUACCUAGAUGGGGACGACAUAGAUGCAGGAUCCAACCAUGUUAGAAUAGUGACUCAAUACACACAGUCCUAUUUGUUGUACCAAAAUAUUAUGGAAUUACUUCGAGACAGCUUGUCCAAAAAAAGUAUCAUCAUUAUUUUGCUGGAAGGAUUUACUGGAACUAUUCCUUGGCUAGCUCUUAGUUUCAAUACCAUGUUUUUUCAAUACUGUGGAUUGAGUGAUCUACAAGCAGCUAUAAUAACUGGGUUCCUACUGAUCGGUUCUGCAUUAGGUGGAGUUAUUGGAGGUCACUUUGGAGACAUAAUGCAUGAUAUAUCAAACAAGCACGGAAGACCAUUCCUUGGUGUUGCCGUGAACAGGCCAAUUGUAUCGGAUAUUAUCAGGCCAGAUUACAGAGGCACCGUCUUUUCCCUAACGAUAGCUAUAGAGGGAGUGGGGGCUUCGCUCAUUGGAGCUCCCCUGUUCGGUUAUCUAGCCGAAAAGGUCUUUAACUACCAGAACAAUAAUUUACUGAUUGGAGAGAUGCCGGAGGAACUGCGAAGGAACAACGCGGAAGCCCUUUCCAAAACGCUGCUCUACCUGACCCUGGUCCCUUGGCUGCUCUCCUUCGUUUUUUAUAGCCUGCUGCAUUUUACCUAUGGCAAGGAGUACCAGAAGAUGAACGAGAUCAUUGAGAGUGAGUACAAGUACGACGACGAGGACGAGGAGACCGUUGCGGAGAAGGCGCACACGUAA